AUGGAAGCAACCGGUUCCAAUAUUGUCGCUCCUGGAAACAGCAAACCCUGGGCAGAAUAUGCCGUACUCACCUUCGAUGGCGGCGGUAUCAGAGGCUACGCAAGCCUCCUGCUUUUGAGGGGGCUCAUGAGAGCCAUCGAGAGAAACGAACAAGACUAUUCCGAUUACCAGGACUCUAGCUUCCAACCAAUAUUCCAACCACAAAACACCCUCAACGGCAGUCCAGGCCUGCCACAACCAGAUGAUCGGCCGGUAUGGCGAAGAGUGUCGACACUCGAACCGCCGCCCCGACGACGGUCGUUGGAGAGGGGCGAGAGUGGUGAGCAACAUCUUCAAGGAUUUUUGCCCUGUCAUUACUUCGACUACAUGUUUGGUACAAGCACUGGGGGCCUCAAUGCAAUCAUGCUUGGAAGGUUACGAAUGAGCAUAGACGAGUGCAUCAGUCACUACCCUGCAUUGGUGAAGAAGAUCUUCAGCAAACCCCGGGCAAAGAUGAUGGGCUUCAGAGACAGGUACAACCCAAAGCACCUUGAAGAGGCCAUCCAAACCCUGGUUGCGGAGAAGUCACCGCGGCGGCCCGGAAGACAUACAGAGCGUCGAGUUGUUAUCGCGAAAGAAAUAUCUGCAGAUGGUACGGUUGAGCGUCCUUACCGCUUCAGAACAUACAACACGAGCUAUUUGAAAGGAGGCCGCGACAAUUCCGGACCGGCAGACGAUUUUCCAAUAUGGAAGGUUGCUCGGGCGACAUCUGCAGCACCAGGAUAUUUCAAGGAGAUGAAGAUCGACGGCCGUAAAUACAGCGACGGCGCUGCAGGUUUCAAUAAUCCAGCGAGUCUGGCCAUCAAAGAACUUUGGAAGACGGUCAGCGACCGCGACCCGUUCCCGAUCGCGCUCCUCCUGAGUAUUGGUACCGGGAAAGAAAAGGCCGAUGAGGAGGAUUGCAACACCCACAAGCACAGGGACUCGGGAAGCCGCAAGAAGAGAAAAGUGAGGGGAGUAUUCGGAUCCAUGGCGCGAGCAUCAAUGAGGCCAUUCAUACAGCCCAUUGGCAAAGCCAGAAACAGGCUGAGCCGUGCCAAAUAUGAGUUGACUGAGACGGAGAAGAUACAUGAAGACGUGGAAUUUGAAAUGUCAAAACAACGCCGUCCAUACUACCGACUGAACGGAAAUGAAGAUGUGGGGGCUUUGGAGCUUGAUGAGUGGAAGGAAGACACGCAGUCCAAGAUCGAGAAGAGCAUCGCCACUGAGCUCAGUAACCCAGAAACCAACCGUAAAAUACAGGAAUGCGCUGAUUGCCUUAAGAUGAAAGACCACUUGAAGCAGAAUCACAGCACAGUCGUUGAUGGAAUGAGGAAAGAGCAGAUUUUUGUUCUUAUAGAACAGGAAUGCUUAUUUGAAGAUCCUGUUCUUGAAGGAGGGCCAUAUUAG